AUGGAUCUGGCCGCUGAAGAGCUUCAAUUCCUUAGCAUCCCCGACAUCUUUAAGGAGUCAAUUUCAAUCCCCAAAAAAUCCCUCAACACCUUCUACCUCAUUACCCUAACCCUAAUUUUCCCCCUUUCCUUCGCCAUCUUGGCCCACUCCCUCUUCACCCACCCCAUCCUCGCCCAGCUCCAGUCCGACGCCCCCGCCUCCUCCUCCAUCUGGUCCAAGCUCCUCAUCUUCCAGUUCUUCUACCUCAUCUUCCUCUUCGCAUUCUCCCUCCUCUCCACCGCCGCCGUCGUCUUCACCGUCGCCUCCCUCUACACCUCCAAGUCCGUCUCUUUCUCCUCCACCAUAGCCGCCAUCCCCAGCGUCUUCCGCCGCCUCUUCAUCACCUUCAUAUGGGUCUCCCUGCUUAUGGUAGCCUACAACAUAGUCUUCCUCGGCUUCCUCGUCCUCCUUCUCAUAGCCGUGGACGUGCAGAGUGUUUUCCUCUUCAUAUUCUCGACUCUGGUGAUUUUCGUUUUGUUUCUGGGCGUGCAUGUUUAUAUAAGCGCGUUGUGGCAUCUUGCGAGUGUGGUGUCUGUUCUCGAGCCCGUCUAUGGGUUUUCUGCUAUGAAGAAGAGCUAUGAGCUGUUGAAGGGGAAGACCCGCAUGGGGUUCUCCAUAGUUCUUGUGUAUUUGGCUACAUGUGGAGUGAUCAAUGGGCUUUUCGGGUCGAUUGUAGUGCACGGAGGGGAUGAUUAUGGUGUUUUCACGAGGAUUGUGAUUGGUGGAUUUCUUGUUGGUGUGUUGGUGAAUGUGAAUCUGAUUGGGCUGCUGGUGCAGAGUGUGUUUUACUAUGUCUGCAAAAGCUAUCAUCAUCAGGGUAUUGAUAAGAGCGCGCUUUACAAUCAUCUGGGCGGGUACCUUGGGGAAUACGUGCCUCUCAAGAGCAGCAUUCAAAUGGAAAACUUGGAUGUCUGA